AUGGGUCGAGUGACAGCAGCAGCCGCUGUAGCAGCUGCAGCACAAAUACAAAUCGAGCAGCAGCAGCAGCAGCAGCAGCAGCAGCAACAGCAGCAGCAGCAACAGCAGCAGCAGCAAGACAGAAAUCCCAGCAGCAACAGCAGCAGCAACAGCAGAUGCGCGUUCCGUUGCAGCCAAAAAGAUAAAGUAGAAGCAGGGCACUCUGGAGGUCCCUACAUUUGGGGUUUAGGUUCCCAAACUGAGAACUGGGAUCCGAUCCCAGAAGACGAUCCCGAUCCCCCCGAUCCCGGGAUCGCUUUUGGGAUCGAGGGGGCCCCCCUGCGUGUGGGGCGGCAUCGGGGGGCCCCCCAGGGUUUGCUGCUGCUGCUGCUGCUGCUGGCUGCUGCUGCUGCAGCAUUUGCUGUUUUCCGCUGCUCUGCGAAACUGGCAGCAGCAAACGGAAGCAGCAGAAGUCUCGCAGCAAAGCUAAUGCGCAGCAGCAGCAGCAGCAGCAGCAGCAGCAGCAGCAGCAGCAGCAGCAGCAGCAGCAGCAGCAGCGAUUCGGGGAAGCCGUUUUUGGGCCCUUCUGAAAGGGAUAUUUGCGGCGUUGUGGGGGAUGCUGCUGAGGGGCCCCCCGGAGGGGCCCCCUGGGGGCUCCCCUGGGGGCCCCCCCGAAGAAGUAAACCCAUUUUUGGGCCCCCCAGAUUCCCCAGGGGCCCCAAAUAUGAACCCCAGGGGGGCCCCCCUGCAGCAGGUGCUUCGGGGGGCCCCGAGAGGCCCGGGGGGCCCCCCAAAGAAGGGCAGGAAUGGGGGCCCCUCGAGGAGGGUGGGGGGCCCCCCGGGGGCCCCCGGGGGGCCUGGGGGGGCCCCCCGGGGGCCCCCAAUGAGGAAGAGGGGCCCCUCGAAGAGGAAGAAGAGGCCCCCGAAGAGGACUUUCUUUUGAGGGGAAGAAGGAGGGGCCCCCAGGGGCCCCUCUUGAAGGGUUUGCUGUCAAUGUCUUGUUUGGGAAUAGUGUUUUGCAUGUUGGAGAGUGUGACGGACUGCAGCCGUUCUGCUGCUGCUGCUGCUGCUGCUGCUGCAGUUGCUGCUGCUGCAGCUCCGCCGCGGCCGCGCGCGGCCGCUGCUGCGGCGCAGCCGCCGCCAGCCGCUGCUGCUGCUGCUGCUGCUGCUGCUGCUGCUGCUGCUGCUGCUGGGGGGCCCCGGGCCUCCUUCUUAGACCCUGGAGACAGCCGCAGACUCACCAUUUCCGUCGAAGUUGGAAAUCCUCUUUCUCCUCAUUAUUCAGACUUGGGGGCCCCCUAUCCUUUCCCCCGUUUGGGAGAAGAAGAGAGCAGCAAACCUUCGCGGGAUGCUCUAAUGAAAAUUGUGGAUAGUGUGGGGUCUCUUUGCUUUCCUCACGAAGGGACUUUCAGUAAAACGACCGAAGCGUCUUUGCCGCUCUCCGACGGCAGCGGGCUGCUCAAGCUGAAAAUUACCGUGGAGGAGCUGUUUUUGCGAGACGCAGCAGUAAUUUUAGAAGAGAUGGUUUUGAUGGUGCAGGAACAGGCGGAAAAGGCGUUCUUAGAAGAGGGAGUCACAAACAACUUUGCUGUUAUUCUUAAUAAACCGCCCACGGGGGACUCCACUGGAUCAGUGCAAGUCGGAGUUGUGGGUAAGCAGCAGCAGCAGCAGCAGCAGCAGCAGCAGCAGCAGCAGCAGCAGCAGCAGCAGCAGGGGACCCACAGAAAACAUUCUAGCAACGACAGCAUGCGAGCAAAACAAAAGCAAAUGAUUAAAGAUGAAACCGGCAGCUGCGCAGCAGCAACAGCAGCAGCAGCAGCAGCGGCAGCAACGGCAGCAGCAGAAGCAGCAAAAGCAGCAGAAGCAGCAAAAGCAGCAAAAGCAGCAAAAGCAGCACCUGGAGCAGCAGAAAGAAAUGCUGCUGCCACCAUUAACUGCCUAUUCGCAUUUUCCGCUGUCUUGUUUGCGCACCAGCAGCAGCAGCAGCAACAACUGCAGCAGCAGCAGCAGCAGCAGCAGCAGCAGAAGCUGCUGCUGCUGCUGCAGCACAGCUGGGACGCGCGCAGCCAAUCUAGCCUUUUGAUAUCUAUUUAUAUCUUUGGGGGCACUCCAGUUGUCUAG